AACAAAGUGCGGCCAACCCUCACUAACACAGCCCACGCAGUCACUCAUCUCCUCUUGGAUAUCUCUUUUAACUUUUAGAGACUGCUUACAAUUAGGAAUGCAGAGUGUUUGUUUCAGAGGUGCUCAUUUUAUAAGGCAUUAAGGAAAAGGGGUACUCUGUGUUGAGUGUUGUGGGGUCGUGUCCCGGACAUGCUCGGGAGGAGACAGGGACAUGAAGAGGAGGGGUAGUUGGAACUGGAAAUGUUGGAUUGAAUAUUAAAAAAGGAAAUUCAGCACGCUAUAAUUGACUGUGAAAGUGCUUCUCCUGCCUCUCCAACUUGGAAAGUAAAGAACCAGUCAGAAUGGUGGGGAGUGAUAUGCAGUUCUGCCUUCGGUGGAACAACUUUGGCACAACAAUGACAGCAGCACUCCACUCCCUUCAUGAAGGGGGGGAUUUUGUUGAUGUCACAUUGGCAGCUGAUGGUGUGCAGCUGAAAGCCCAUAAACUUGUCCUCUCAGCAUGUAGUCCAUAUUUUCGAGAUAUUUUAAAGAAUAACCCAUGUCAGCACCCAGUGAUCAUUUUACGGGAUGUACCCAUAGAAGAUCUUGAAGCAGUAUUAGCUUUCAUGUAUGAAGGUCAAGUUAAUGUCUCUCAGACUCGACUCCAUACAUUUAUGAAACUUGCAGAGGCACUCCAGGUGCGCGGCUUGACAGACACACAGACAGCAAGAGCACGUGUUGAAAAGGAAAUGUACCAGAGUAUUGUUCCAGUUGCAGAAAUGGGCAAUAGUACUAACCCAGUUGUUGCAGCAGCAGCAGCAGCAGUAGCUGCAGCAGUUAGCAGUUCAAAUGCAAGUGCAAUCACAGUACCUGUUGUUAGUCAAGCCACAGUACAAGUGCCACAGAUUAGAUCAAGAGUACAUGAGUCCCCUCCACCACCAGCGAAGCGGCGAAAAUCAUCCCCUACCCAGCAAAGUCCAUCAAUAGGUGCCCCAGAUGAAGAUGAUAGUUUGGAAGAAAACACAGACAUAAAGAGAGAUAUUAGAAACCUUUUAGAAGUAAAGUUAGAACCAGAAGAAUAUCCAGAGGAUGGCCUGGACCAUGAGGACGACACAGACCAACCGCCUCCACCACCUCCCGAGGUCAGCUUUAUGGAACAGCCCCCUGACAUUGUUGUAAGGACAUCAGGUGGUGCCACAUCUUCCUUGGGUUUGCCCUCAGUCUUCCUGCCUCAGCAAACCACAAGUGAUAAGAGCCAUCAGAGAAGAAAUUCCCACGAAAAGACUUCCUCAGCCAGCCUACAACCAGAGUUCCCACAGGAUCCAUCUUGCCAAAAUCUGCCAUAUCCUUGCCCAUUCUGUGAAAAGGCAUAUACAUCUUGGGGUUUCCGAAGGCGUCACAUCAAAGGUUAUCACACAUCCUCCCCAGAAUUGCCAUGCAAGUGGUGCUACACAAUAUUAUCUUCGCAUCAAGAAUGGGAGGAACAUGUUACAAGAAGACAUAACCUUGCAUCAGGGGAUGCACGCAAUGGCCUCUUAAUCCUGGAGGAAGCACACAUGGUUCUCCAGAUUGCACAGCCAACAAGAAUUGAUUCCUUGAUGGAGCUUAUUAAGAAUAAGAAGGAUAAAGAUGGGGAUGAUUCCAAAGGAAAAGAUGGCGAGUCUAAAGAUGCAAUUCAAAGUCAAAAUCAAAGAGAUAAAGGUGAAGGAAGCAAGUGAGGAAAGGAAUCUACACUAUAAUUUCUCAUUCAGGGAUGAAAAAAGAAGAGACAAAUACUUCCAGAUAGAGUUCUACCUUGAGUUUUAUGUAGUAUAUUGUGAAUGCGUGUUUAAUGCGGGUGACUGUGCAUUGGGUGAUAACUGGUAUUUUUCAAGUGUGAUAAAAGGAUGUCAGUGUGCCUUCUGGCAAGAGAAGUUUCAAGGGUACAUUUCAUUGCCAUACAGACAUGUGAUAUUAUACCUUGAGGAUGAAUCUUCUUGGAUGUAAAAUGUAGGAGUGGGUUUCAGAAGAAUUAUUCAGUUGUUUAUAACAAAUUUGAAACCCUUGAGGAAGUGCAUAUGAAUAUAGCCAGUACAUAAAGCAUGUAUUAUAUUUAGUCAGUCAUGUCUUUCUUUACAAUUUUAUGAAGAGAAUUAGAUUCAUAACAAAAAAUUAUUUUUGUAAUUUCUUCCUUUAAUUUAUUCACAGUUUCUGAAAACAAUUAGUGAAAUGUAGCAGGUUCACAGCCUUUUCAUAUGCAUUAUCUUAUUCCCAGUGUCAUUAUGAUAACCUAUAAGAAAAGAGAAGUAUAUUUGUAGAGAACACUAAUCACUAUUUUUCAUGUAACAAUUCCAAGCUGAGAUCAGAUGUCAUCUCAUUGUAGAAAACUUUUAUCUCCCUGGAAAUGUACAUCUGUAUUCCUGCUCUCUUUAUUGUCAAUUAGUGUACAGUGCUUCUGUAUGUGUAAUGUGGAUCUAAUGUCCAUCAGAGGAUACAUUCCAGGGGUACCACUGAAUUGUGCCUGUAGGAAUAUUACCCUCAAGAGGUUAUCUGAGUUCUGUACCCACAUUACAUUAACUAAUAUUUGAAUGGUAAUGCACAAAAUAAUAAUAAUAUAAUUAUUACUGUAUUUAUUCUGGAAAGAGUAUAGGGUCUCUUGUUUGAAAUUAUUUUAACUUUUGCCAGUACCUAACGGAAAAUGUAUUUUUAUACUGAGUUAGUGGCAAAUCAAUAUUUUUUUGUUCAAUAUAACAUAAAAUAUGAA